GUGUCGCCUAUGCCUCAAAAGCGCUGAAUGAGACUCAACAAAACUAUGCACAGAUCGAGAAAGAACUGUUUGCUAUAGUCUUUGGAUGCAAACGCUUCCAUCAAUACAUCUACGGGAAGACGGUAACCGUGGAGACAGACCACAAACCACUURAAGCAAUUUUCAAAAAACCACUAUCCCAAGCUCCAUCACRUCUGCAGAAAAUGCUACUUCAGCUACAAGCCUAUGACAUCCAUGUMAAAUACACAAAAGGAACUGAAAUGUACAUUGCUGAUGCACUGUCACGUGCAUUUCCGCCGGAAGUCACCACGGAGGAUUUCGAAAGAGAAAUUCAAGACGAGAAGUACAUACAUCUUAUGUCAUGUGAGGCGUAUGUCACUGACCGUAAGCUGCAAGAGAUAAAGGAACACAUUCAACGUGACAUCACCAUGCAAGCCCUGUUCAAACAGAUCAGGAGCGGCUGGCCCGAACAUAGAUCGUCAGUCCCACUAGUGUCUAGAGAAUAUUUUGCUUACCGCGACAGACUGACCGAGAAUGAAGGAUUGGUCUACGCUGGACAUACAGUGUUAAUACCACCAACACUCAGAAAAGAYACUCUCCACAAGCUGCAUCAGUCCCACCAGGGAAUCRAGAAGACUAAGCAACUGGCAAGACAAAGCAUCUUCUGGCCGGGAAUGUCUACCCAGAUAGAAGACAUGAUAUCCUCAUGUCCGACGUGUCUGAGACACCGCAACGCCAAUGCCAAAGAACCUCUACACCCACAUGAGCURCCACAACGGCCAUGGCAGCGCGUAGCAACAGACCUGUUCAACUGGWAAGGAAAACCCCACCUUGUAGUAGUUGACUACUAUAGUCGCUACCCAGAAGUAUCAGAACUGAGGGAUGAAAGAUCAAUAACAGUGAYCAASAAAAUGAAGUCCUUUUUCAGUAGACACGGUAUUCCUGAAGAGGUUGUGUCAGACAACGGUCCCCAAUACUCCUCAGAAGACUUCAAAGUCUUUGCAAACAACUAUGGAUUCAUACACACAUCUACUAGCCCUAGAUACCCCCAGUCAGGUGGACUACAUGAGAAGACAGUACAAACUGUGAAGCGACUACUCGAAAAGGCAAGAGAGUGCAACGAGGAUCCCUACCUAGCCCUACUCCACUACAGGAACACACCAAUCAAUGGAGUCACACCAGCCCAAGCCCUUAUGAGUAGAACCUUGAGAUCUACAGUUCCAACAGCAGCAAAGAAACUACAACCAUCUGCGCUGGACCAUAAGGAGUUUAUUGACAACAGAAUAACUCAACAACACAGACAGAAGGCAUACUAUGACCUCAAUGCACAACCACAGCUUCCACCACUGCAAGAGAAUGAGGAAGUCAGAAUGAAGAAAACACCCGAAGCACCUUGGGAACCAGCUACAGUUGUAACUAAGCACCACACGCCAAGGUCUUAUGUAGUAAAGGCUGAUAAUGGUACCCUCUACAGAAGGAACCGGCGACACUUAAUGAAAAUUAAGAGUCCAAACAUUCCGGAGGAACCAGUAGAAGUCGACAUUGAGGAUGCAACACCCACAUCCGAUCCUGUACCUGAACAGAAACCAGAACCUGCCAAGAUCGACACACAAGACCUAAAACCAAACAUUAGGAUGAGCAGUUUUGGGCGGUUAAUUAAACCCAACCCAAAAUAUGCUACAUAGACUGAU